UUUUCAUAGCAGUGUAGGUUCAUUUGGAUAUACACAAGGCCCCUUCAUAUAUGAGAAAUACUUACUCCUGAAAUCUAUAACUGAGAUUAUACUUGGAAGAUUCUUAAUCAGCCAUGUACGGUAGGGGGAACAACCUCCUGUUGUUCGUCAUCGUGACUAGUUUCUUAGCAUUUCAACCGAGAGAUGGCGCUCCUCUGGCUGAUCCAGCUGCAUCACACACCGCACUGAGCCUGCCGAAGGGAUGUCAUUUUGGGAAUGACGAAAUUAGUGUCACAUGCCAGUCAGUUCAUGCAUACGAUAUCCCUCGGUUCAUCAACAGCCUAUCCAGCAACACGACCAAUAUUACGAUAUCUAGCUGCGAUAAUGAACUUGCUUUGAACAACAUUACGUUCCCAGAUUUGCUGUAUUUGGAAAUCUCGACAUGUGAUAUCAAAAAUUUCACCAGAGAUACAGUUCUUCAUCUAACGAAGCUUCGAGAGUUGAUCUUGAAGAACAACCAUAUUGCUAGUUUGGAUGGGAACAUAUUCGAAAAUCUGUUUGAGUUGGAGAAAAUCGAUUUGAAUAACAAUGAUCUGGUCCGUUUAGAUAAGGACAUAUUUCAAUCCCUGUUAAAACUGGUGUCUUUAGACAUUUCCAAUAAUAGACUAAUUGAAUUUGCUCCUGCGCUGAACUCGAAAAAAAUGAGAUAUUUAGGUCUUGGGGGCAACAAUGGCAUAACGAACGCUACGAUUAGUACCGGAAGCAAAACUCAUGUUUGUGACCUUGACCUCAGUUUCACGGGUAUCUCCGAGUUGCACGCAUCUGCCUUCGCAAACUUGGUCUGUGAAGGAGGUGAUCUACGACCAAAAAUGAAUAUCAGUUUCAGGGGAAACUUUCUUCAAAAGGUUGACCCGAAUGCAUUCGAUGGGAUGAAAAACGUGUCCCUAGCUCGGCUGGAUAUGGGAGAUGUACGGUGGGAUUUCAGUCCAGGUCACUCUGCCCUCACUGAUUUUUUCCAAGCGUUGAGCGCCCGAAGAGUCGAUUAUCUCGAUCUAUCGGGCUGCUAUCUCUCGGAGGAAAACGUCAACGAUUUCCCUCUACUGAACAACACUGCAUUCCUCGGCACUCUUGACGUGUCCAAGAAUAUUUUCGGCCCAACUAUCAAAACAUGGCCGAUUUACGUUAAUAAAAUAGCGUCAAUUGAUUCCAUGCAAUGCUUGAAUAUGUCAUUGAAUAGCAUCGGAAAAGGCCUUGUCUUCAACCAACUUAUGCCGAACCUGAGGGAGUUAGACUUGUCCAACAACCAAAUCGUUAUUUACAAAGAUUCGAUUAAAUUUUCUGAAAACGGUAGGGUGAGUGUACCUUUCCUGAGAAUUCUGCACAUGACUGGUGCAUUUGGCGAGACGGGGAUCAAGCCAAAUGAUUGGACGAAUUUGACUUGGUUUUCAGAAUUAAAAACUCUGGAGGAACUAUACCUUGAUGCCAACUACAAAUUGUUUGACACUUUUUUCUAUUACCAUCUCUCUGGAAUUUUCGGAGGUUUGACAAACCUACGCAUAUUGUCUCUGUCCGAUACUGGCUUUGGUCGAAGGCAAUUCAGGCAAGCUGAACUGGAGAACUUUCUUGUUGACCAGAGGAAGUCUUUGAUAAGUCUGAAACUGAGGAAUAAUUACAUUUCCCAUAGGCAGUUGGUCAUUCUCAAGGGCCUUGAGAAUUUGGAGACACUUGACCUCAGAUCAAACCACAUUGGCUACCUAGACGACAACUGGUUUAACCUAAAUCUGCGCGAAUUAGAUCUGUCCGACAACAGCCUCUUGACUAUCUCUUGCACUGCGACUCUUUCCUUAGCGUUGGAAUCAAAGCUGGAACGAAUGUGGAUCGGUGAUAACCCUUACGACUGCACAUGUCAGCUGGCUGAUUUCGUGUACUGGCUGAAAAACCACGCCAGGGGCGUUGAGAAAACGGAUUCUGUAAUUUCUCCCAAAAGAAAGGUGGUCAUCCCCGAUUUAAGCAUUGCCGAAUGCAUGGGACCGAGAGAGCGGAACGGCCAACUCAUUUCCCGUUAUCUCCCAAACCGUUGGCUUUGCGACGAGGUUGGACUGAUUGUUUUGGGGGCUGUAGGUUCUUUCUUCCUCGUCAUUUUUGCGAUAGCGGCAAUAGUUGCUUACAACUGUAGAGUAAACAUACUCUUCUGUUUCCGGACAUCGAGACAUGGCAGACACGCUCAAGCCGCGAGCCGUGGAGUGUUCAUGGGUUACUGCGAUGGACACAGAGGUCCGAAUUUCGAGAAAAAUCCCGAAGAUCAAUGGGUGAAUGACAACAUCAAUACUAACCUUGAGUUAUGCCGGGAUUUGCCGAUUUAUGUGAACUUUAUGAUGCCCAUUAACAUCAACAAAACUUUAGGAGAGCAAAUUAGGGAAAAACACCAGGAUUAUCGUUACAUUCUCCUGAUUGUUGGUUCACUUUUUAUAAGGCACGUCUGGGAGAGCGUUAGAGUUGAAGUCUGCGAGGACAGGGAGAUCUGGAAGCAAUGCCGCAAUAAGUUUGUGCUUGUGUUGCUCGGAAAGACAAAGAAGGACCUGCCUCCUGAGAUGAAAGCUUUGUGGAAACAUGGCGCCUGCUACACGUGGCCCAAACCGAGCCGAGAUCAAUUUUGGAAGAGGCUCAAGCUCAAACUUGCUGACAAAAGAAGUGUAUGUUGUUUCUAGGUGCUGUUCUGCGCCUCUUGGGUCUCUGUCUACUUUUUCAUUAUCUGCUUCUUCCUAAUCUGCGUUACCUGUUUAAAGGCUGUUCCUUCCUUGGAACGCAGGUCCUUUAACUGGAUAAAAUAUGUUUAGAUGAUGAUGUAAUUCGCCUUUUGGUUUCACAGUCCGGGGCUGACACCAAGCAAAUGCCCGAGAAAUACUGAAAAUUUUGUAUUUUUACGCCAUGCUAUGAAAAGUUUACCAUAACUUUAAAAAUAAAGGUUUUUGAGGUGGUUUUACAGCCAGAUUUAUGGGAGCAGAGGAUCGCACUGAGCGUGUCCAUUUUGUCUAUCUUUCACUAUCGUAAUAGUGAAAUUGGGUAAACUUGUUUUGAAGCAUGGUGUUGGAAAUUAAUUUUAUAUCAUUAUCACAAUAUCAUGAAUUAUGAUACUAGUAUAUACAUGUAUAUCGCAAUCCGAUAGGGUUAUGGAUGGACGGACCUGGUGUUAAUAUAUGUGUAAAUAGCUGCUGGCUUGAUUUAAAUAAAAAUACGGUUUUGUGUAGAUGCCAAUUGUGCCGAUGAUUUUACCGGGUAUUUACCGCACUUGGCAGAGCUGGUGUGACGCACAGGCUUUGGUGAUUGAUAGUUGAUCAAUAGGGCGCAAUUAGGUCAUGUGCCUUUAGUGUACCGAGGAAACAUAUAUAUACACCGCACUCUUAAACAAGAUUUUGCAAGAUAUAAGCUUUGCCUGAAAUCACCUCUAAGAGUCAGUUAUAACCAAGUUAUGGCAUAAAAACAAUAACAUACAUGUAUUAUUUUUUUAAAUAUAUUGUUUCAUUCAACCAAUUAAGGGAAUACGGGAUGUCCUCGUGAAUACCGGUAGCCUAUCUUUUCUGUGCUAUAAAAGUAGGACCAUACAUUUCGGAGGUCCACAAAAAGGUACCAGUAGGACAAAGUAGGCCCUCGUCCCGCCUUUAAGCCUGCAGCACACUAGCCACCAACUUCGGCGUUCACAGGCGCUUUUUGCCGCAAGAGUCCUGAACGCCUGAAAAAUCCCUAGUCUGCUACGAACGGCGUCGGCGAACGCGACUUGACGCCACUUACCGCAACUAAACGCCAAAUAUCUAACAUGUUUGAUUUUUGACGCGUGUCGCCGCGCUUGAACGCAAGAAGAAGCCAGGUGUGCUACGGAUGGCCGCCUGACUUGGCGUCGGCGGCGAGGCUAUGGCCAAUCAGCUUCCGUCUUGAUGUCACAUGUUUUCAAAAUGGCAAGUGGCGGAAAAGAUGCUACUGGACGCCAAUUCUUGGCAUGUGUGCUCUGACCGGGAUCCACUGGCCGACAACUUUGGCGUCGAGAGGCGUCAGCCGAACACUUCUUGUCGCCAAAGUUGGCGGCUAGUGUGCUGCAGGCUUUAUUGCACAAUCUGCGAAGUGCCGCUUUCCAUACCGCCCUGGAACAUUGACUAACAAAACAUUAGGAAUACCCGCUGGUGUGGCUGACAGAUCUUUAGCCAAUGACUGUGACGACCUGUGCAUACAAUAAAAUUUAAAUAGGACUGUUCAUAGAGUAUAAGUAGCCAAUUAUAAUACAUGCAAUAUAUGGCACCCCAAGAGGCCUCUUCAAAGUGGCACCCGAUACCGGUAUUCACGAGGACGACCUGUAUCCUAACGCUUAAUUUUUAUGUCCGCGUUUUUCAUACAGAAAUGCGGUUUCAGGCUUGAGGCUGUGACGGCUCAUCUGCUUUCUAUCCAUGUUCAUUAUAUAAAUAAGACGAAUUACAUGUAUAUAACCAAAUAAAGCAUCGAUAUGCA